AUGGACUCCACACAAGAGGAACCGGCAAGGAGCCUCCCGACCUUCAAGCCGGGGCCACGGUUCUGGGCGAUUCUCGCGGCCCUGUCGUUCAUCAGCCUUCUCACAUCCCUGGAAGCCACGGUCACGUCGACCGUUCUGCCGUCGAUUGUGGCGGAUCUCGGCGGCGGCGACAACUACAUCUGGGUGUCGAAUGCCUACUUUUUGAGCAUGACUUCGCUGCUGCCCAUGUUCGGGCAACUGGCCAACGUGUUUGGCCGCCGCUGGCCGCUGAUCACGUCCGGCGUGCUCUUCAUGGCCGGCAGUGCCGUCUGCGGGCGCGCCACGUCCAUGACGGCCCUGGUCGCCGGCCGUGCCGUCCAGGGCAUCGGCGGCGCCGGCAUUGGCGUGCUCUGCGAGAUUGUCGUGUGCGAUCUGGUGCCCCUGCGCCAGCGGGGCGCGUACAUGGGCGCCGUGCUCAGCAUGGUCGGCCUGGGUGCCGCGCUGGGCCCCCUGUUUGGCGGGCUGCUGGUGCGGUACAGCACCUGGCGCUGGGCCUUUUAUAUGGCGCUGCCGACGGGCGGCGUGGCCGUGGUGCUGCUGGCGGCGGUGCUGCGCGUCCAGUACGACCGCUCGCAGACCGUGGCCACGAAGCUGGCGAGCCUCGACUGGCUGGGCAGCGUGCUCUUUGUCGGCGGCACGGUCCCCGUCCUCCUUGCUCUAGGCUGGGCCGGCGGCGCCUACCCGUGGUCGUCGUAUCGCGUGCUUGUGCCGCUGCUCGUCGGCCUGGCCACGCUGGGCGUCUUUCUGGCGCUGGAAGGACAGGCGCGCCUGGCGCCGCACCCCAUGGUGCCGCUCCGCCUCUUCCGCCUCCGCACGACCGCCAUUGUGUUUCUGCUCACCUUUGCGCACGGCCUGGUCACCAUGUGGGCGCUCUAUUUUCUGCCCGUCUACUUCCAGGGCGUGCUCGCCUUGGAUGCCUACCGCGCGGGCAUUGCGCUGCUGCCCACCAUUCUGGCGCUUCUCCCGGGCGCCAUCCUCGGCGGCCUCCUGCUGUCCCGGUUGGGACGCUACAGACCCAUCCUGGCCGUCUGCUUUGCGCUCGUCGCCGUCGGCUUCGGCCUGUUCUCGCUGCUCGACGCCGCGUCCAGCACGGCCGCCUGGGUCGGCUUCCAAGUGCUCGAGAGCUUUGGCGCCGGCGUCGGCAUGGCCGCCCUGCUGCCCGCGCUGCUGGCGCCGCUGACGGACAAGGACACGGCGCUGGCCACGGCGACCUGGGGCGUGAUGCGCAGCUUCGGCAUUCUGUGGGGCGUCGCCAUUGCCGGCGCCAUCUACACCAACCGGGCGGCGCAGCUGGCAGCCGCCAUCAUCACAGAUCAAGCGGUGGCCUCCGUCUUCCAAUCCGGCGGGGCAUAUGGGGCGGCCGACGUCCGAUUUCUCGACACACUGUCCCCCGAGACGCGUGCACAGGUCAUCACCGUCCAAAGCGCCGCGCUGCAGCGGUCGUGGCAGGUCGCCAUUGCAUUUGGCGGCCUCGGACUGCUGGCAACAGCAGCCAUGAAGCACGUGCCGCUGCGCGAGCAGAACGACACAGACUUUGGCAUGGUUGAGACGAAGGAGGAACGGGUGUCAAAGGAUGUCCAACAGGCAGAAGGUGUCCGGGCGCGGUCAAAUGGUGGCUGCUGA